AUGGAUGAGAGCAUACAACUGAGCUCUAAGCUAGGUCAAUUGCUCAACAUCCCUCCGAUCUCCAUUGAACUUCUCCCAGGCGACGGCUCAGAAUGGCUCUUGUCCGCUCCCGCGACGCACGCGCCGUUUCUCUUCAUCGACGACAACCUCGGCGUCCCUCAUAAAGUCGCAUACAAAGCCUACCUUCAGGCCGUGGUGCGUUUCCGCCCCGCCCGCCUCCGCGAUGGGCCCGACGUGGCGUCCGAGGUGCUUACAUCUACCGCCGUUCUCCUCCUGGUCAACCCCGCGCACCAGACCGCGCUCAACGCCCGCAAACGGCUCGUCCUCGCCGGCUCGUCGUUGUCAGCGUCGCACGAGCUGCGCUUCACGGAUGCGCUCCUGAUGAUGCGCGAGGGCGCGAAGCAGUCCGUACUCUGGGCCCACCGGCGCUGGCUCCUCCGGCACAUCUACCCUCUAGCACCUCUCGCCCCGCGGCCCUCCGCAGACGUAGAACCACUCUCCCAAAGCCAAGGCGACGGCGUCGACACACUCUUCGGGCUCGCCCUCGACGCACCCGCGUUCCAGAGGGAGUUCAGCGUCGUCGAGCGCGCGUGCGAGGCUUACCCGCGCAACUACCACGCGUGGGCGCACCGGUUCCUCUGCGCGGAGGCCCUCGUCGCGCUCCUCCACUUCCAGCGCGCCUCUCACUCUGAGCCUCCCCCCCAAGAGCUCGUCGAGGUGCUGAGCGAAGAGCGCGAGCGCGUACGAGAGUGGAUCGAGCGGCACGUCUCGGACUAUUCUGCGAUGCAGUACUGCUGCCGGCUCGAGGGCCUCGUUCGCGGCUGUCGUGUGGACGCAGCGUUAGGGCGGUCAUCUGCCGCUUCCGCGGAGGUGUACGCGCAUGCGCUGGAGCUUGUGAAGGCGUUUCCUGGGCACGAGUCGCUCUGGCUCUACCUCCGCGGGGCCGUCUCCGUGAGCCUCCCUUUCGGCUCUUGCGAAGAGCGUGGCGAAAAGGAGGUCUGGGAGCUGAUUGGGGUCCACCUCGCAUCAACGGGGGCGACCCACGAAAGUGUGGCGGCUCACGCGCACGCGGUCCGUUUUGCGGCUUGGAAGAUCUGGCUGGUGAGGGCGCACGACAGCUCAGGGUUGUGUGGGCGCUGA